AUGCGUGUUGCCGCCAUCUUCCUGGCCGUCGGCCUGGCUGUCGCAUUGGAGAACGGACUUGCACGAACUCCGCAGCUGGGAUGGAACACUUGGAAUUCAUUCGCCUGUAGCAUGAAUGAGACUGUUAUAUUGGAUGCAGCUGAAAGAAUCGUCGAGCUGGGCUUCAAGGAUCUCGGGUACAACUAUGUCGUGCUUGACGAUUGCUGGUCCGCCGGUCGAAACUCUUCUGGUUACCUUGUUCCAGACAAACAGAAAUUCCCCAAUGGAAUAGCCGACGUGGCCAACAAGAUCCAUGACAUGGGAUUGAAGAUCGGAAUCUAUUCUAGUGCAGGUACUUUGACUUGCGCGCGCUACGCGGGCUCCUUAGGCUACGAAGAAAAAGAUGCAGCUGUUUGGGCCAGCUGGGGGAUCGACUAUCUGAAAUAUGACAAUUGCUACAACCAAGGCGAAGAGGGAACGCCCAAGCUCUCUUAUGAUCGGUACAAUGCCAUGAGUAAAGCUUUGAACGCCACCGGUCGGCCGAUCCUCUAUUCAUUGUGCAACUGGGGAUCUGACGGACCGUGGAACUUCGCCCCAACUAUCGCCAAUUCUUGGCGCACUAGUGGUGAUCUGUUCAACGUUUGGGAUCGUGAGGAUGUAAACUGCCCUUGCGCCGAAUUGGACGGCCUUGAUUGCAAGCUUCCGGGAUAUCACUGCUCAGUCAUGAAUGUUAUCAACAAGGCUGUAUACUAUCCGUCCAAGGCAUAUGCUGGCGCAUGGAAUGAUCUCGAUAUGCUUCAGGUCGGAAAUGGGGGCCUCUCAGAGGACGAAGCCAUCUCGCACUUCAGCCUAUGGGCAGCGUUCAAGUCACCAUUGCUGAUGACGAACGUGAUGACCAAAAUCGACCCUUCAACCCUUUCCAUUUUACAGAAUACCGCUGUACUAGCUGUUUCCCAGGACCCUAAGGGGUCGAGCGCCGUGCGCAUAUGGCGUUACUUUGUUGACGACGGAGAGAUUCAGAUGUAUAGCGGUCCCUUGAGCGGGGGUGACCAAGUAGUUCUGCUUCUGAACGGUGGCUCGACAGCCCGCGACAUGAACGCCACUCUGGCUGAUAUUUUUUGGGCGGAUGGCCCUGAAGGUACUGCAGCUCAGGCGCAAAGCAGCUGGGAUGUAUACGAUCUAUGGGCUGGGCGAAUGAGCAAUGCUACCGCAAAUGCGAUUAUUCAAACUGGAGAGAAUGCUACCCGGCCGAUCAACAUGACUUCUCAGGGUGGAGCAGAUAAGGUCUACUCGCAAGUACCACUGCCCAAUUCCAAGGCCCUCAUGGGCUCGAAGGUUGGCAGUGUCAAGAAUGGUGGAAGCGUGACCGCACAUGUGCGGCCUCAUGGGGUCGCUAUGCUACGCCUGCGGGAGCUCAAGUCCAAUGACGAGUUGUGA